CAAAGUUUUACAAGCUAUUUUAGGUUUGUUGACAACUCAAGUUUCAGUUUCCAGCAGCACAAAAUGUACUGUUUCUGUUUGAAGUGUGUCUGAGUCUUGGCUCAAAACGUUUCUCUCAUUUAAAGAAUCUGGAAGAUAAAUAGUUGCUGCAAAGAACACUGACAACUUCAAAGCAAAAUGAAGUUCUUUCUGUUGCUUUCAGUCAUUGGGUUCUGCAGGGCUCAGUAUAACCCAAAUACCAAGCCUGGACGGACAUCUAUUGUCCAUCUGUUUGAGUGGCGCUGGGCUGACAUUGCUCUUGAAUGUGAGCGAUACUUAGCUCCCAAAGGAUUUGGAGGGGUUCAGAUCUCUCCACCCAAUGAAAAUGUUGUGAUUAAUAGCCCUUUAAGACCUUGGUGGGAAAGAUACCAACCAGUUAGCUACAAGUUAUGCACAAGAUCAGGAAAUGAAAAUGAAUUCAAAGACAUGGUGACUAGAUGUAACAACGUUGGUGUCCAUAUUUAUGUGGAUGCUGUAAUUAAUCAUAUGAGUGGGAAUGGUGUGGGUGCAGGAACAAGCAGUACUUGUGGAAGUUACUUCAACCCUGGAAAUAGAGAUUUUCCAGCAGUCCCAUUCUCUCAUUGGGAUUUUAAUGAUGGUAAAUGUAGAACUGGAAGUGGAGACAUUGAGAACUAUAAUGAUCCUUAUCAGGUCAGAGAUUGUCGUCUGGUCGGUCUUCUUGAUCUUGCACUGGAGAAAGAUUAUGUGCGUUCUAAGAUUGCUGAAUAUCUGAACCGCCUCAUUGACAUUGGUGUAGCAGGGUUCAGAAUUGAUGCUUCUAAGCACAUGUGGCCUGGAGACAUGAAGGCAAUUUUGGAUAAACUGCAUAAUCUGAAUACAAACUGGUUCCCCGAAGGAAGUAAACCCUUCAUUUACCAGGAGGUAAUUGAUCUGGGUGGUGAGCCAAUUAAAAGCAAUGAGUACUUUGGAAAUGGCUGUGUGACAGAAUUCAAGUAUGGUGCAAAAUUAGGCACAGUUCUGCGCAAGUGGGAUGGAGAGAAGAUGGCUUACUUAAAGAACUGGGGAGAAGGAUGGGGUUUCAUGCGUUCUGACAGAGCACUUGUCUUUGUGGACAAUCAUGACAAUCAGCGAGGACAUGGAGCUGGAGGAGCAUCUAUUCUAACAUUCUGGGACUCCAGACUGUACAAAAUGGCAGUUGGAUUUAUGCUUGCUCAUCCGUAUGGAUUUACACGAGUAAUGUCAAGCUUCCGUUGGCCAAGACAUUUUGAAAAUGGAAAAGAUGUUAAUGAUUGGAUUGGGCCACCAAAUAAUAAUGGAGUAAUUAAAGAAGUUACUAUUAAUCCAGACACCACUUGUGGCAAUGAUUGGGUCUGUGAACAUCGGUGGCGUCAAAUAAGGAACAUGGUUAUGUUCCGUAAUGUAGUUGAUGGCCAACCUUUUAGAAACUGGUGGGAUAAUGGUAGCAAUCAAGUAGCUUUUGGAAGAGGAAACAGAGGAUUUAUUGUUUUUAACAAUGAUGACUGGCCAUUAUCUUUAACUUUGCAAACUGGUCUUCCUGCUGGCACAUAUUGUGAUGUUAUUUCUGGAGAUAAAAUUGAUGGCAAUUGUACAGGAAUUAAAAUUUAUGUUUCUGGGGAUGGCAAUGCUCAUUUUUCUGUUAGUAACUCUGCUGAAGAUCCAUUUAUUGCAAUUCAUGCUGAAUCUAAAUUAUAAAAUUUGAAGCAAAUACACAUAAUCAGAGAAAAAACCAAGUGUAUUUCUUUGUGUGUGUGUGUGUGUUUGUAUUCUUAUAAUUCAUUAAUUUUUGGUAAAAGCUAUAAGUAACCAACUUGAAAAACUCAGAAAAGCAUACAAAUCAUACAUAAUUAUAAGGUAGCCACAAUCAACAUCAUGUUAUAUUUUAGAAGACUUAUGAUGACUUAUUUGUCAAAAGAAUUUCUAAGAAUUCAGAGAGGCAUCUUGAUAAAUAUGUUUGUUGCCAUUAACACCAUUUGCCCAGUAUGUAUUUCUGUAUUUCUUCCAUCAAGUAUUUCUAAGAAUUAGUUAGGGAUAGUUGAUUUAAUGAUGAUUCCCAUACAGAGUUAGAACACUUGAGUGGUUUUAACAGUAUGAAAGCCCUUUUACAGUUAAUAAGUUAAAAACUUAAAUUAUGCAAGGUAUCAUUCUUAAUUGUAUGGAGCUCCCAGGAAUAUUCUUUCUGUAUUUUUUUCUCUUUCUCUUUGUAAUGUCUUUAACUUGAUGUUUUUGUGUGUGUGUUUUCUUUCAUCUCCUAACCCCCAGUAUGAGUUUAUUUAUUUAUUUAGGACUUUCAUUACACCAUAUGCUCUGGAUGUUUUUCCUGAUCCUCUAGCUAUUCAUUUUCCUUCACCUUGACUUUAAAUGUGUAAUUUGGUAAGGAUCUCAUCUGGGUCUUAUAACUCUCAGUUGUUUUCCUUAUGCUUGAGUGAUAAAAUAAAACCAUAAUUGUGAAUCUGUCUCUUCUUUUUACCUGUAAAUUUAUCUGUACUUGCCCCUGUUAUUUUCUUCUUCCUGCCUGUCAUAAUGAAGAAAGUGUACUUCAUUCUACCAAAGGCCAUUCUUCUCACUUGUGUUAAUAAUACCAUUUCCUUUUUUAUCUUGUGGGGAAAUUUCUUUCUUUCAUUAUUCUUUCUCUUCUGAUUUAGUAAUAUUUCCCUUUCUGCUUAGAUUACUCCCCUCAGAUUACAUGUCUUCCAACUAACAAAUCAAUGACUCCCUCCCCAGUUCUUCCCAAAUUAAAUUAAUUCCUGGUUAACCCUGAUUUGUUAGGUCAUAAAUGUCAUUGAAUUUCAAUAGAAGCAAAAAAGUAUGUGACAAAAUUCAACAUCUUUUUAUGAUAAAAUCUCUCAAUAAUUAGGUAUAGAAGGAAUGCACCACAGCAUUAUAAAAGCCAUAUAUGACAAGCCUACAGCAAACAUCAUGCUCAAUCAUGAAAAGCUGAAAGCUUUUCCUCUAAAAUCUGGAACAAGAAAAGGAUGUGUCAUAGACUAUGGGUCUAAAGUUCUUUCUUGUCUAGCAAGACAAGAGAAUGAAAACCGAGAGAUGGCUAAUAUCUGGGAAAAGACAACAGCCCCGAAUAAGGGUCCUUGCCCUGUAUUUACUAAGAUCAGAAGGCUUACAAACAUGAUGGGCAUGCACAAAAAGACAAAAAAACUGGGAACAUUAACUUGGGGAUGUGAGGGAAAAGGGGGGUUUUGAAGGUAUACGGUGUUUAGGAUUUGGGUCAAUAUAAAACAAAAUCCUGGCGCCAGGCAGAUGGGCAGAUGGGCAGUUGUUAACGCAGCCAGGAGGCCCCAUGUCUGUUUAUUGUAGCUAGCCUAGGGGAUAAGGAAGAUAGGGGGAAUAACCUCAGAGUUAACAAGGCACCUUUUCUUUUGUUAAUCAUUUCUGCUCUGGGCUGCUUCCCCUGCAGCACAGCAGUCUAUAGGGCAACUUACCUGUUUACCUAACUUGGUCCUUUCCUCCUGUGAAAGCAGCUUUUUGCUAUAGUACUAAAUUGAGGGGCUCUUCUUCCCUGAACGUCUAAUCUCGCUUACCUCAUAUACCUUUGUAUUGGGUGUCUUUGCACGCCUCUGGGGCCCUUGCCCCUCCUUCUCUAUUCUGGGUGCUCUGCACCCUGUCUCUAUUCUGGCAUGCCUUUGCACCUCCCUAUUUUUGGUGCCUUUAGCCUCCUUAUUCCUGGGGUGCCAAUCUUAUUUACCCAAACUCAGGUGUGAGCAUCCUAUGGCUUUUUAUUUCUUUUUGCCUUGUUAACCCAUUGAUGUAAGCCCAGGGAAUUUCUAAGUUUAUUCCCCACAAGGAUGCCCAUUCUUACCACUUCUAUUCAACAUACUACUAGAAGUACUAGCCAGAGAAAUAAGGCAAGACAGAAAAAUAAAAGGCUUCCAAAUCAGAAAAUAAGUAAAUUGUUUGCAAAUGACAUAAUCUUAUAUAUGGAAACUCCUGAAGACUUCACCAAAAAAACUGUUAGAACUAAUAAAUUUAAUAAGUUGCAAGAUACAAAUUAGGCAUGCAAAUAUCAGUUGUAUUUCAAUACACUAACAUGAACUUUCAAAAAGAAAAAUUAAGAAAGCAAUCUCAUUUGUAAUAGCCUGGAAAACAAUGACAUCCUUAGGAAUAAACUUAACCAAGUAGGUGGAAGAAUUCUAUAUGCUGAAAACUAUAAGACAUUAAAGAAAGAAAUUGAAGAAGACACAGAUAAAUGGAAAGAUAUCCUGUGUUCUUGGUUUGGAAAAAUUAGUGUUAAAUGUCCAUACUACCCAGGCACCUGGAUGGCUUAGUUGCUUAAGUGUCGUCUCUUGAUUUUGGCUCUCACAGUUUGUGAGAUUGAGCUCUGCAUCAGGCUUUGUGCUGAUAGUGUGGAGCCUGCUUGGUAUUCUCUCUGUGUCUCUCUGCUUCUCCCUUGCUUGCACUCUUGUUCUCUCAACAUAAAUAAAUGAACAUCUAAAAAAAUGUCCAUACUACUCAAAGUGGUCAAUUGAUUCAAUAAGAUUCCCAUCACAAUUCCAAUGGCAUUUUUUCAAGAAAUAGAAAAAAAACCCUAAAAUUCAUAUGCUUUCAAGAUCUUUAAGUUAUAAGAGCAGUCAAUUUUUUUGUUAGCUAUGCCCCUGUUAUAUCAACCUAGUAUUCCUUUUUAAAGUUUUAUUUAAAAUUUAUUUAUUUAUUUUGAGAGAGAGAGAGCAAGUGAGAGCAGGGGAAGGGCAGAAAGAGAGGGUGAGAGAGAGAAUCCCAAGCAGGCUCUGUCUGUACUGUUAGUGCAGAGCCUAAUACAGGGCUUGAACUCAAAAGCUGCAAGAUCAUGACCUCAGCCCAAAAUCAAGAGUCAGACGCUUAAUCUACUGAGGCACCCAGAAGUCUCCAACCUAAUAUUCUUGACACGGGGAAAAUGAUGCCACACUGAUCAGGAUAUAAUACAUUUGAAAUCCACUUAUGUUAUGUACUUAGUGAUUUCUCAUACCAAGAAACUUGUUAACAGUUUCUUCCUUUAGAUGUUUCAUUUUAUGUAUUGAGGCAAUUCUUCAUGUGAACAUUGAGUUAUUUCUCUUUUCAUGGAAGGGAAAAUAACUAUGUUGAAAAAUUAUUUUUCACGGUUAGCCUUUCACUUCCACGUUAAAAGUGAACCACUAAACAUCAUCACAGAAUAUGAUUACAAAGAAUGAUUGAGAAAAGAUAAGUGACUUUCCAGAGUAAUGUCAACAUUAUUAUUAUUAGUAUCAUUAUUAUUAUCAUUAAACUUCCAAAUAAAGUAUAUCUAGAUGCUAGACCAAUACAUGAUAAGAGCUUCCAAAAAGACACUUACGUUCAAUAAACCAGAUCUCUAAAGAGAUCACUUUCUGUGAUGUAAGAGAUAAAUGAGACAGGUUUUGCAAAUGAUAGUAAAAUAUCUAAGUAUUUAAAUCAAAGUUUUUGAGGAUUUGUAUUUUAUUCUUACGGAUAUGUUAAAAUAAAUUCUUUCUUCCAAUUUGGAAGUGAGUGGAAAAAAAUUUCAGGGGUUUAACUCAGGGCUAAUUUUAUUGAGUGAAUCUCAAUUUUUCUCUUGUUUUUUUUUUUAUGUUUCUAAAAAAAAGUAAAUAUAAAGCAGAAAAAUCUAGAUAUAUCAGAUGUAGCUUAUAGUUUGUUGCAGAAAAUCCUAAGGUUUUAGAAGAAAUCAUCUAAGAACUCCAAUAAAAACAGUGCUUAACAAAAACAGAAGGGUAAGUGAUAUAUUAAAAGACUUUUAAAGGUCUUUCCCAAGAAAUGGAACAGAUGAGCAAAUACACAGUCUGCUUGUUUGUUUGUUUUUUUUUGUCCUUGAACUGAAUUUCAACUCUCGGGGGGGAGAAAGUGUGGCUUAGAGCCACUCACAUAACCUACUUAGGUAAAAAUAGGUGUGUUGAAAGGGUUUAGGUUCAUACAGCACCACUUACACUAGAAUAAAAGGUGAUACUUAUUAUUUCUCUAUAAUUGUAAAUUUGUCAAAUCCAACUCAUUAUUUUUUCUUUGAUAUUUUUAAGGAUCUGUUUGGAGUCAUGAAAUCAUUAUAUUUUCAUAAUCAAUUCAAGGGACAUUUUAAAAACACCUCUCUGAAACUCAAGUUUCCUCACCUGCAAAAUGAAUCUAGUAUCUGCUUUUUUGUUUGGUGUAUUGAAUGAGAAAUUACAUAUAAUAUAUUAACCACUAUUUCUGGUUAAAUACACAUUUCUUUAUCUCUUCAGUAAAGAUAUGUCUCUUAAUGCUGAGGGCUGGCAACUUGAUAUUUGCCUAAAAUCUAACUCAAACAGGGGGGGAACCCACAAAACAUUGGAAUUGGAGCAGAAAGUAACAUCUAUACUAAUGUGAAAUUUUGCCAGGUUCAACCUAUAUGCCGUUGGCUGAAAGUCGACAGAAAAUUCUUAUCUUGACUAUAGUGUUUCUAAUUCAGUUCUGGGUUCUCUCUGUAGGAAUUCUUCUAUGAGAAACUUCAGCCUCAGCUUUGUGUAUUAUAAUCUCACAUGUGCUAUAAGAGCUACAAAUAAAGAUUCAACAAAUCUCUAUGUAAUAAACAAAAUGCACGUCAAUCAAUGUAACAUAUUAGUUAAGUGCAUAGCACUCUUUUAGGUACUUUGAAAUAUAUUAUCCAUGUUUAAGUAUAUAGUAUCAUUGGGAAAAAAUAUAACUAUAUGAUACAUUAAAGAAACUAGAGAAAAAUAGUUAAAGUUAUGCAUAAUAAAUUGUGGAUAGUAGGUUGUUUGAUUUCAAAGGAGGGCGAUAACGCAUGUGCUGAAAUAGUCUGAGAAGGCUUGAUGGAAAAGGAAGGUCUUCAUAUAGAUAAAGAGGAUUUGUAAGAAAGAGAAAGGAGGGAGGGAUAUAUCAAGAAUAAAAAAGGUAUGGCAGAAGCACAAGGGACUGAAGACUGUAUGGCAGUUAAAAUAUCAGUUGAUUAGUGCUGGAGAGCGGGGGAUUCAUGGGAUACUAAUGGAAAAUAGGUUGAAAAGGUAGAGUAAAACUAACAACAGAAUGCAUUUUCUGUCAGGAUUUUCCUGUUAGAUUUGAUAUAUUGACACCAGCAAUGAUAUUUGUGAAUAUAAAGGAUAUCACUAUCUAUGCAAGAUAAUGAAAUUGUAGAAACUAUCAUUCCUUAUAUUAAUACAGAAUUAGUUUAUUAAGUUUUACUGUAUGUUACCUUUUUGGCUUGCUUCCCUCCUCACACCAGCUCCCAGCUAUGCAGUUUAAACAAAACUGAAUUCUUCAGUCCACUUUCAUAUAGGUCUGCCAGUCUUUGAAUGGUUUAAGAUUUUCAUGAACCUGUAUUUGUCAGUCGUCACUCCAGACUUCUAUUGUCAUAUGUUGAAAUAAUUGGUUUUGAAUGACAACCUGCUUCCUGCUUACUAUUUUUAUGUCAUUGGGGAUAGAAAUAAUAGAACUAUCACUUGAUUUAACUGUCAAUCAAGUGACACCUCAAGCAUACUAUAAAACUACACAAAGCCCCUCAAUCUGCCAGGAACUAAUGAUUUUUACAAUACUGCUGGCUUAGUAGAAGAAAGUUCAUAAAAAAAAAUGCUUCCCUAUGUCAUGAGUAUUAAUAUGUUUUAAAAUUAAAAAAUGGAAUUCUAUCCAGUAAAAUCCCACUUCAAUGAAAAUAAACUUCUAUAAUUUUCAUUUGAGAACAAAAGCAAUUGCUAUAUUUUCUGCUUUUUGUUCUAAAAGUAAAAAAACCAAUAAAGAAAUGUGUAUGCAUUUAACAAAAAGGCCUAGAAAGGGUGGGAAAAAGGACUAAUAUUUCAGUAUUUUUUCUUAGAAAGAGAAUGUUUCAGAAAAAUACAGUAUUUUUUGUUUUGUUUGUUUUUUUAAUAUUUUUAAUGUUUUUUUAAUAAUUUAUUUUCAAGCUAGCUAACAUAUAGUAUAGUCUGGGCUUCAGGAGUAGACUCCGGUGAUUGAUCACAUGUACAGCACCUCAAUGCCCAUCACCUAUUUUCCCCACCCCUAUCAACCCUCAGUAUGUUCUCUAUUUAGGGUCUCUUAAUGGUUUGCCUCUCUCUCUGUAACUUAUUUUUCCUUCCUUUCCCUUAUGGUCUUCUGUUAAGUUUCUCAAAUUCCACAUAUGAGUGAAAACAUAUGGUAUGUCUUUCUCUGACUGGCCUAUUUCACUUAGCAAAAUACCCUCCAGUUCCAUUCACAUUGUUGCAAAUGGCAAGAUUCCAUUCUUUUUCAUUGCUGAGUAGUAUUCCACUGUGUAUACAUAUACCACUUCUUUAUCCAUUUAUCAGUUGAUGGACAUUUAGGCUGUUUCCAUAAUUUAGCUUUCGUUGAUAGCACUGAUAUAAACACUGGGGUACAUGUGCCUCUACAAACCAGCACUCCUGUAUCCUUUGGAUAAAUUCCUACUAGUGUUAUUGCUGGGUCAUAGCAUAAUUCUUUUUUGAGUAACCUCCUCACUGUUUUCCAGAGCUGCUGCACCAGUUUGCAUUCCCACCAACAGUGCAAAAGAGUUCCCCUUUAUCCACAUCCUCGCCAACAUCUGUCAUUUCCUAAGUUGUUCCACUUGACAGGUGUGAGGUAGUAUCUCAGUAUGGUUUUGAUUUGUAUUUCCCUGAUGAUGGGUGAUGUUGAGCGUCUUUUUACAUGUCUGUUUGCCAUCUUGAUUCUUCUUUGGAAAAGUGUCUAUUCAUGUCUUCUGCCCAUUUCUUCACUGAAUUUGUUUUUGGGUGUUGAGUUUAUUUGGUAAGUUCUUUACAGAUUUUUGACAUUAACUCUAUCUGACAUGUCAUUUGCAAAUAUCUUCUCCCAUUCUGUUGGUUGCCUUUUAGUUUUGUUGAUUGUUUCCUUUCCUGUGCAGAAGCUUUUUAUCUUGAUGAGGUCCCAAUAGUUCAUUUUUGUUUUAAUUUCCCUUGCCUUUGAAGAUGUGUCAAGUAAGAAAUUGCUACGGCUGAGGUCAGAGAGGUCUUUUCCUGCUUUCUCCUCUAGGGUUUUGAUGGUUUCCUGUCUCACAUUUAGAUCUUUCAUCCAUUUUGAAUUUAUUUUUGUGAAUGGUGUAAGAAAGUGGUCUAGUUUCAUUCUUCUGCUUAUUGCUGUCCAGUUUUCCCAGAACAAUUUGCUAAAGUUACUGUCUUUUUCCCAUUGGAUGUUCUUUCCUGCUUUGUCAAAGAUUGGUUGGCCAUAUGUUUGUGGGUCCAAUUCUGGGUUCUUUAUUCUAUUCGAUUGAUGUAUGUGGCUGCUUUUGUGCCAAUAUCAUACUGUCUUCAUGCUUACAGAUUUGUAAUACAGUCUAAAGUCCAGGAUUUUUAUGCCUCCAGCUUUGGUUUUCUUUUUCAUCAUUACUUUGGCUAUUUGGGCUCUAUUGUGGUUCCAUACACAAUUUAGGAUUGUGCGUUCUAGCUCUGUGAAGAAUGCUGGUGCUAUUUUGAUUGGGAUUGCAUUGAAUGUGUAAAUUGCUUUGGGCAGUAUUGACAUUUUAACAAUGUUUGUUGUUCUAAUCCAUGAGCAUGGAAUGUUUUUCCAUUUCUUUGUGUCUUCUUUAGUUUCUUUCAUAAGCUUUCUAUAGUUUUCAGCAUAGGGUCAUUACAUCUUUGAUUAGGUUUAUUCCUAGUAUUUUACAGUUCCUGGUGCAAUUGUAAAUUGAAUCAAUUCCUUGAUAUCUCUUUGUGUUGUUUCAUUAUUGGUGUCUAAAAAUGCAACUGGUUUCUAUAUAUUGAUUUUAUAUCCUGCGACUUUGCUGAAUUCCUGUAUCAGAUCUAGAAGUUUUUGGGUUCAGGAGUCUUUCAUAUUUUCCACGUAGAGUAUCAUGUCAUCUGCAAAAAGUGAAAUUUUGACUUCUUUUUUGCCAAUUUGGAUGCCUUUUAUUUCGUUUUGUUGUCUUAUUGCUGAAGCUAGGAUUUCCAACACUAUCUUAAACAACAGUGGUGAGAGUGGAAAUUCCUCUCAGGUGGAAAGCUCUCCUGAUCUCAGUGGGAAAGCUCUGUUUUUCUCCAUUGAGGAUGAUAUUAGCUGUGGGCCUUUCAUAUAUGGCUGUUAUGAUGUUAAGGUAUGUUCCUUCUAUCCCAACUUUCUUGAGGGUUUUUAUUAAUAAAGGAUGCUUUAUUUUGCCAAAUACUUUUUCUGCAUCUAUUGACAGGAUUAUAUGUUUCUUAUCCUUUCUUUUAUUAAUGUGAUGUAUCACAUUGAUUGAUUUGUGAAUAUUGAACUAGCCCUAUUAGUCCAGGAAUGAAUCCCACUUGAUCGUGGUGAAUAAUUCUUUUUAUGUGCUGUUGAAUUCGAUUUGCUAGUAUCUUGUUGAGAAUUUUUGCAUCCAUGUUCAUCAGGGGCAUUGGCCUGUAAUUCUUCUUUUUUGUGUGGUCUCUGUCUGGUUUGGGAAUCAAGGUAAUGCUGGCUUCAUAGAAUGAGUCUGGAAGUUUUCCUUCCAUUUCUAUUUUUUGGAACAGCUUGAAAAGGAUAAGUAUUAAAAAGUUAACCCUUUAAAAAUCUGGUAGAAUUACCCAGGGAAGCCAUCUGGUCCAGGACUCUUAUUUGUUGGGAGAUUUUUGAUAACUGAUUCAAUUUCUUCACUAGUUAUGGAUCUGUUCAAAUUUUCUAUUUCUUCCCAUUUGAGUUUUGGUAGUGUGUCGGUGUUUAGGAAUUUGUCUAUUUCUUUCAGGUUGUCCAGUUUGUUGGCAUAUAAUUUUUCAUAGUAUUCCCUGAUAAUUGCUUGUAUUUCUGAGGGAUUGGUUGUAAUAAAUCCAUUUUCAUUCAUGCUUUUAUCUACUUGGGUCCUCUCUUUUCUUUUUGAGAAGCCUGGCUACAGGUUUAUCAAUUAUGUUUAUUUUUUUCAAACAACCAACUCUUGAUUUCAUUGAUCUGUUCUACUGUUUUUUGUUUUUUGUUUUUGUUUUUGUUUUUUGUUUUUCGAUUCUAUAUUGUUUAUUUUUGCUCUGAUCUUUAUUAUUUCUCUUCUUCUACUGGGUUUGGAGUGUCUUUGCCGUUCUGCUUCUAGUUCCUUUAGGUGUGCUGUUAGAUUUUGUAUUGAGGACUUUUCUUGUUUCUUGAGAUAGGCUUGGAUUGUAAUGUAUUUUACUCUUAGGACUGCCUUUGCUGCAUCCCAAAGGGUUUGGAUUGUUGUAUUUUCAGUUUCAUUUGUUUCCAUAUAUUUUUAAAUUUCUUCUCUGAUUGCCUGGUUGACCCAUUCAUUCUUUAGUAGGAUAUUCUUUAACCUCCAUGCUUUUGGAGGUUUUCUGACUUUUUCCUGUGGUUGAUUUCAAGUUUCAUAGCAUUGUGAUCUUAAAGUGUGUGUGAUAUGAUGUCAAUUCUUUUAUAUUUAUUGAGGUCUGUAUUGUGACCCAGUAUGUGAUCUAUCUUGGAGAAUGUUCAUGUGCACUCGAGAAGAAUGUGUAUUCUGCUGCUUUAGGAUGAAAAGUUCUAAAUAGAUCUGUCAAGUCCAUCUGGUCCAGUGUAUCAAUCAGGGCCAUUGUUUCCUUAUUGAUUUUCUGUCUAUAUGAUCUGUCGAUUGCUAUAAAUGGAGUAUUAAAGUCUCCUGUAAUUACAACAGUCUUACCAAUAAGAUUGCUUAUGUUUGUGAUUAAUUGUCAUAUAUUUGGGUGCUACCGAAUUUGGUGCUUAGACAUUUAUAAUUGUUAGCUCUUCCUGAUGGAUAGACCCUGCAAUUAUUAUAUAAUGCCCUUCUUCAUCUCUUGUUACAGCCUUUAAUUUAAAGUCUAGUUUGUCUGAUAUAAGUAUGGCUACUCCAGCUUUCUUUUGACUUCCAGUAGCAUGAUAGAUAGUUCUCCAUCCCCUCACUUUCAAUUUGAAGGUGUCCUCAGGUCUAAAAUGGUUCUCUUGUAGACAGCAAGUAGAUGGGUCUUGGUUUUUUUUCUUUUUUAAUCCAUUCUGAUACCCUGUGUCUUUUGAUUGGAGCAUUUAGUCCAUUUACAUUCAGUGUUAUUAUUUGAAGAUAUGAGUUUAGAGUCAUUAUGUUAUCUGUAGCUUUCAUGCUUGUAGUGAUGUCUCUGGUACUUUGUGGUCCUUGCAACAUUUCACUCACAGAGUCCCCCUUAGGAUCUUUUGUAGGGCUGGUUUAGUGGUGAUGAAUUCCUUCAGUUUUUGUUUGUUUGGGAAAACCUUAAUCUCGCCUUCCAUUCUGAAUGACAAGCUUGCUGGAUAAAGGAUUCUUGGCUGCAUAUUUUUCCUUUUUAUCACAUUGAAAAUUUCCUGCCACUCCUUUCUGGUCUGCCAAAUUUCAGUAGAUAUGUCUGCUGCUACCCUUAUGUGUCUACCCUUGUAGGUUAAGACCUGUUUAUCCCUAGCUGCUUUCAGAAUUCUCUCUUUAUCUUUGUAUUUUGCCAGUUUCACUAUCAUAUGUCAUGCAGAAAUUGAUUCAAGUUACAUCUGAAGGGAGUUGUCUGUGCCUCCUGAAUUUCAAUGUCUGUUUCCUUCCCCAGACUGGGGAAGUUCUCAGCUAUGGUUUAUUCAAGUACACCUUCAGCCCCUUUCUCUCUCUCUCUUCUUUUUCUUCUUCUUUUGGAACUCCUAUGAUACAGAUAUUGUUCCAUUUCAUUGAAUCACUUAGUUCUCUAAUUCUCCUCUCAUGAUCCAGAAUAUUUUUAUCUCUCUUUUUCUCAGCUUCAUCUUUUUCCAUUAUUUUAUCUUCUAUUUCACCUAUUCUCCCCUCUGCCUCUUCAAUCCUCUCUGUCACCGCCUCUAAUUUAUUUUUUAUCUCAUUUAUAGCAUUUUUAAUUAAUCAUGACUAUUUUUUUAGUUACUUGAUCUCUGCAGCAAUAGAUUCUCUGCUGUUUUCCAUGCUUUUUUCAAGCUCAGCAAUUAAUCUUAAGACUAUUAUUCUAAAUUCCUGUUCAAUAGUUACAUUGUUUAUAUCUGUUUUGAUGAAUUAUUUAGCUGUCAUUUCUUCCUGGACUUUCUUUUGAGGAGAAAUCUUCUGUUUCAUCACUUUGGCUAGUUUUCUGUUCCUUAUUCAUUUUAAAACCUUGUUAUGUGUCCUGCACCUGCGAGCACUACUAUAUUAAAGAGGGGUCAUGCACUGUUCAGGGCCUGGCCCUUCAGGAGGUGUUUUUUGGAGUGAGUUAUUUGCUGUCUACUGUUGUGACUUGGGUUACUUUAUCUCUCUACUUGUAGUGAUGUUUUAGACCCUCCACCAGGUGUGCUUUGAUUUGUUCGUUGAAGUAGCCCUGGAAAGGAAAACAGGCAAACAAAAAAAACCAAAAACAACAACAACAAAAAAAAAACAAACAAAAAAUAAAACCAAACAAACACACAUGCAAACACUCAAAAAACCCCCAAAACAAAAAACCAGAAACACCAGCUACAAGUACAAACAGGGUGGAAGUGGUGCUGAUGGAAGAGGCCUUAUCCCAUACAAAGAGAGAAAUGACAGGGACAGGAAAAAGAAAAAAUAGAAAUUGACCAGGUAGAGAAGCCAUAUGGCUUAAUCCAGAGAGAGAGAAAGGAAAAUAAAUAUGGAUAUGUAGAAUGUAUCGAGAGAAUAGAUUAAAUAUGUCUGCUUAAACAAACAACAACCAGAGAAACCAGGCUAGAGGAGGGAAGAGAUAAGAAGAAAAGGAAGGAAGAAUAUAUCUAUAUAAUAAGAAUUGUCUGAGAAUUAAACCAGACAAUGCAACCAUGCUGUUCUGGAGGAGGGCUGUCUGGUUCAUCGGUGUCAAUCCCACUCUCAUAGAUACACAGUUACCAGGUGCGGAGGGACGUGGUUUGUUGUAGGCGGGUCCUGCCUCUAUUGUGGGCCUGCUGUCGUUCCCUGAAGGUUCCCCACCUGUGGCCCAUUAGGUUGUCCAGGUGGGUCCCUGGAAACAAUCUGCCUCUUUUCCUCCCAGACUCUUGGGUUUCAAAAUUCUUUGGUGUCAACAUGGCUUUGUUUGAGAGACAUGGGAACUUUGGAUCCCCCUACUUCUCCUCCAUGUUGGCCCCUUCCUUCAAUCCCUCACUUCUGAGGAACUGCUGCUCAGAUCCUCUGGGGGAGGGUCUAACUGAGCAAUGACCAGGUGCCAGCCUGCCCCCAGGAACGUUGGUGAGACUGCGCUGCUGCUGGUACCCAGAGACUGUGACUGGGUGCCAGCCCACCCCAGAAAAAGUUCGUGUGAUUUUGUAACAGCAGCAUUUCAGGCGUUAUGGAAAAUCACAACACCAUCUAGUGCCAGGCUUCUUCAUUAACCUCCUUAUUCCAACACCAGUGAAUGUGUUUGUUCUCUGGUGUCUGCUGGGACCUUUGCCUGUGGGGUGGCCUCACAGCCUCUACCAAAUGUCCUCCCUGCAGGGGAAGUACCACUCCCCAGUGGCCCAUGGACCCCUUGGAGCUUGCUCUCUGCUCCUAGGGAUUUGCCCUUCCCACCAGAGCACCGCCAGGUAUCAACCUGUGGAGUUUCAGACUCUGCGCUCCCUGUGUAUAGUCUUAAUGAAAUUUAAACCCUCUCCUUUCUCCUUUAUCCCUUUUUUGUUGAGUCCCUGUGGCUGUUUCCACUUUUCCACUUUCUCUCCAGAUACUUUUGGGGGGGGUGCUUUUCCCAUACUCUCCCCUCCCCUGUCUCCAACCUCUCUCCACAAGCAAAACCAGCUCCCUGCCCUCUGUGGCUUCUCUCCCUGCUGGUUCACCUCUCCGUGCCGUGUACCUGCCAAGUUCUGUGGUUCAGGUUGUACAGAUUGCUGUGUUAAUCCUCAGAUCAGUUUUCUAGGUGUGCCAGAUGGUUCAUUGUUGAUCUGGCUGUGUUUCAGGGUUGAGAGACACAAAAAAAGCUUCCAUGCUGUGCCGCCAUCUUGGCCUCUCCUCCAAAAGGAGGUUCUUUACUCUGACAUUGCUAUGGAUGGCUUAGGAGGAAUCAGACACAACUGUAUUUAUGAUAGACUGUGUCUUAGUUACCUCAGUGUCCCGUUGCUCCAAAAGCAAAAGUGAUUCAAAUGGGUAAAAUACUUGGGUUCUUGAUGGUCCAAUGGCCGCUUUUUGUCAUGCUAAAAGUUUCUCAGUUGUUGUGUUCUUUUUCAUAUUCCAAGACUAUUUCUGUUCACCAGUUCAUUAAAGGAUAUGAUAAGGACAUCCAGAUAGAAGAGAUGCAUAGGAUGUGGUAUAGGGAAGGAAUGUGGAGCUUCCUUUCUAUCCAGAGAUACUCCAUUCUCCCCAAAUCUCCCUGUGUUCCGAUUUCUGUCUUUUAUGUGUUUUAAUAGCUUGUUAUGUGUCCCACACCUGUGAGUACUACUAUAUUAAAAAGGGGUCAUCCUCUCUCCAGGGCCUAGCACUUCAAGAAGUGUUUUUGGAAUGUGUUGCAUGCACUCUGUUGUGUCUUUGGCUAUUCUAUCCCACUGCUCACAGUGGGGAUUGUUUGGACCUUUCACCAGGUGUGCUUUGAUUUUUUCAUUGCAGUAACCCUGGAAAAAAGGGAAAAAAGUGUAUGUUGGAGGGGAACACUUAUCUGGUACAAAGAGAAAAAUCAAAGGAGCGGGGGGG